AGAGCCCGCCCCCAGCUGCCCAAGACUCCAGUGACCGAGGCAGCUCGCUAGCGCCCCGGAAGCUGCCCCUUCUCAGGGGUCAUGAUGGGCAGUAAGAUGGCGUCUGCUAGCAGGGUCGUUCAGGUAGUCAAGCCACAUACUCCAUUAAUAAGGUUCCCUAACAGAAGAGACCAUCCUAAACCCAAUGUAUCAGAAAUUUUGAGAUCAUCAGGACUACCAUCUCACUCUUCUUCAAUUUCACAGCAUUUUAAAGGAAGUAAAUCGCCAGAUUGGCUGAUGCAUCAGGGUCCACCAGACACUGCAGAAAUAAUAAAAACAUUACCUCAGAAAUAUAGAAGGAAACCUAUGUCUCAAGAAGAAAUUGAAUUUAUCCAACGUGGAGGUCCAGAAUAAUCACUGAUACUGGCUGCUGUUUGUCAUCAGACAAAAGAAUAGUCUUUACAAUAAAGGACUUCCAAAAUGACAAAUGAGAAAUUGUACAUUAAACAACUUUAAUAAAUAUUCUGUAAACAAAAAAAACCCUACAUAGAAAAUUUAGAUGGACAAUUAUAUCUCAUAAUUUAUGUAUCUUGGUCAGCUCCUCCACAAGCUUACCUGAUUGUUUAUAUACUUUAUACUUAUUAAAGUACACAUCUGAAAAUGUUAGCCUAUUAACUUAUUCUUGAUUAUCAAGUAUUACCAGUGUUGAACUAUUAAAAGCACACAAUGUCUUAUCUAGUAAACCAUCAUAGGUUUCCCAUAAUUUCACUUCUUUCAAUUUCUGUUUAGAAAUGAAUUUAUUAGGCAGAAUUGCUGCCUUUUGGAAGUGCUUUUCCUGAAACUGGAUGAUGAUCAGUGAAAUAGUGGUUCCACUAUUUGUUCUUAAUUCUCUUUUUUCAUUCAAAAAGUUACUGGAGUAUAACUGGCUUAAUAAGCACAUCCUACUCUAAAUGAUAAAAAUAUAGCCAAAGCAAAAACCAGUGACUUUGUAGUAUUAACUCUGGGAAGUUAAUACAAAAGAUUAUUUGUCACCUAUUUUUAGAAAAAAAAAAUGUCAGUAUAAAAUCAGAUCAAAAUGAAUAUAGCAUAGGUAUAAAUGUUUAACUAGAAAUUGCAAUUUCUUAUGUUUUUAGGGUUAAGAAAGUGUUGUUCUUUGGUUUAUUUUACUCUUUUAAUUGUAAUAAUGUAUGCAAAUCCUGGUAACCAUUAACUUUCUCAAACAUAAUGUCUGAAAGCUUCAUAAAAUCAACUUAAAUAUUUACCUUGUCAACGUAAUUUAUGAAACUUUAAAAGGGUCUUCCUGUGCCAAGAGUAUAUAUGAUUGUGAAAAUAAAGUCUCACAAAACUAAAUAAA